GGCACCGACGGAGCGGCGUCCGCUUGGGGCUGCAGGCCUCGGUGUUCUGAGGGCUGCUUUCGGAACGCUUUCUAUCCAAAUCGAAGCUAAACCCCCCUUCUAUUCGAGAAGCGGUUGCAAUGUGGCCGUAAAAGAAACCGCACCUCCGGGCCGCGCCGCCUCGUAGGCCGUUUCCGGAAGAACCCGGCCGCGCUUUGAGCUUUGAGGGGGGUUAAAAUGCCCGAAAUCAAGGUGACGCCGCUCGGCGCCGGGCAGGACGUGGGGCGCAGCUGCAUCCUGGUGUCCAUCGCGGGGAAGAACGUGAUGCUGGACUGCGGGAUGCACAUGGGCUACAACGAUGACAGGCGCUUUCCUGACUUUUCCUACAUUACUCAGAAUGGGAGGCUGACUGACUUUCUAGACUGCGUGAUCAUCAGCCACUUCCAUUUGGACCAUUGUGGAGCUCUCCCCUAUUUCAGUGAGAUGGUUGGCUACGAUGGGCCCAUUUAUAUGACACAUCCUACCAAGGCUAUCUGUCCUAUCCUCCUGGAGGACUACAGGAAAAUAACUGUAGAUAAGAAAGGAGAAACCAACUUCUUCACAUCCCAAAUGAUUAAGGACUGCAUGAAAAAAGUGGUCGCUGUGCAUCUUCAUCAGACAGUUCAGGUGGAUGAGGAGCUGGAGAUCAAGGCGUACUAUGCAGGCCACGUGCUGGGAGCAGCCAUGUUCCAGAUCAAGGUUGGAUGUGAGUCGGUUGUGUACACUGGUGAUUAUAACAUGACACCAGACAGACAUCUAGGUGCUGCCUGGAUUGAUAAGUGUCGCCCUGAUUUAUUAAUAACAGAAUCCACCUAUGCCACAACUAUCAGAGACUCCAAACGCUGCAGAGAAAGAGACUUCCUGAAGAAAGUUCACGAGACUGUAGAACGAGGAGGAAAGGUUCUUAUCCCUGUUUUUGCCCUUGGUCGUGCCCAGGAACUUUGUAUUUUAUUGGAAACGUUCUGGGAAAGAAUGAACUUGAAGGCUCCAAUUUAUUUUUCCACUGGACUGACAGAGAAGGCUAAUCACUAUUACAAGCUCUUCAUCACAUGGACUAAUCAGAAAAUCCGAAAGACAUUUGUGCAGAGAAACAUGUUUGAGUUCAAACACAUCAAAGCAUUUGAUAGAGCCUUUGCAGAUAAUCCAGGACCAAUGGUUGUGUUUGCAACACCUGGUAUGCUUCAUGCAGGGCAGUCCCUGCAGAUCUUCAGGAAAUGGGCAGGAAAUGAAAAGAAUAUGGUCAUCAUGCCUGGCUAUUGCGUGCAGGGAACGGUGGGCCAUAAGAUUCUGAGUGGACAACGCAAGCUAGAAAUGGAGGGAAGACAAAUACUGGAAGUAAAGAUGCAGGUGGAGUACAUGUCCUUCAGUGCCCACGCUGAUGCCAAGGGAAUCAUGCAGCUGAUUCGCCAGGCUGAGCCACGCAAUGUCCUGCUGGUCCACGGGGAGGCAAAGAAAAUGGAGUUUCUGAAGCAGAAAAUAGAGCAGGAAUUUCAUGUCAACUGUUACAUGCCUGCAAAUGGAGAGACCACGACUAUAUUUACCAAUCCCAGCAUUCCAGUGGACAUCUCCCUGGGACUCUUGAAGAGAGAAACAGCAAUAGAUGCCAAGAAGCCAAAGCUUAUGCACGGCACGCUGAUUAUGAAGGAUAACAGCUUCCGCCUGGUUUCUCCUGAGCAGGCCCUGAAGGAGCUGGGCCUUGCAGAACACCAGCUGCGCUUCACCUGCCGCGUUCACAUUCAGGACCCGCGGAAAGAACACGAGACAGUGCUCCGUGUGUACAACCAUCUCAAAGGGGUCCUGAAGGAUUACUCAGUGCAGCAUCUCCCUGAUGGUUCUAUAACAGUCGAGUCCAUUCUUAUCCAAGCCACAGCACACUUAGAGGAUCAAGGAACCAAAGUUCUGCUUGUAUCCUGGACUUACCAGGAUGAAGAAUUAGGCAGCUAUCUCACAUCCCUGCUGAAAAAGGGACUGCCCCAGAGUACAUCUUGAGCCACACAGCAGCAGGCACAGUUGGUGCUUCAGAAAAGUACAGAUCUUAUUUUGUUUACAUUAUUAAAACAAAACUAGAAAAACA